AUGUCAGGAGAGAACUAUGAGGUUUGGGGCAGCUUCAAAUGGGGCCCUUCGAGCGAGUGCCCCGAAGAACUCGCUGGCAAGACCGUGACUUUGAAAUGCGAGGAGGGUGACGUCCAGCUGCCCGCGGUGGCGGCGGCCUUGUCCAACCGGCUCCGAGCCCAGCUGAUGGCACAAGGCUGCGACACACCGCUGGACCUGCCGAUGAGCAAGAUGACCUUGCUGAAGGUCUCGGAGUACAUGAAGCAUCACGAGGAGGCCCCCUGCAGUGAGAUCCGCACGCCCUUGAUGGGCGACAGUUUGCAGGACUGCGGCGCCACCAGGUGGGACUCCAGCUUCGUGAACGUGGACAAGGAGUCCCUCUUCGAGCUGACCGUGGCGGCCUCCUAUCUGGACAUCCCCUCGCUCUGGCUCUUGCUCAGUGCCAAGGCGGCGUUGCUGACCAGCAACAAGAGCGCCGAAAAGCUACGCAAGGAGUUCGGCAUGGCGGGGGACUUCCCGGCCGCCGAGGAGGGGGAGCUGCGGAAGGAGUACGCGGCCCUGCGGCGGCAGACCGGGCAGCUCCCGGACCCCGACCUCUCGCAGCUGGCCGCCAGCUCGGUGGUGCGGAGCUGCGUGCGCCAGGCGGAGCAGAAGAUGAAGAAGCAGUUGACCAACGGCCCAGAGGCGCUGGCGCCCAACAGCUGGCGCCAGGCCAUGUGGCGGGCCGCCAUCCUGGACGACUGGCGCCUCUUGGCCAAGGCCCCGGAACAGAUCAAAGGCGACCGGGACCUGGUGAAGAGCGCCAUCCUCACCUCCCAGGGCGCCGCUCUGCCGCACGCCUCCGCCGAGCUACGGGCGGACGAGGAGGUGGUGCUGGACGCGGUCCGAUACUUCGGCAAGGCCUUCGCGGACGCCGCGCCGGAGCUCCGGAACUCCAAGGACUUCCUUUUGAAAGCUCUCAGUGUGCACGGUGGGGCCUUGGCCGGGGCCCCCGAUGCCCUCCGCAACGACAAGAACUUCUUGCUGGAUGCUGCAAAAGCUGGUAAGGGCGCAGCGAUGCAAGGAGCCAGCGUGGCUUUGCGCGAAGACCGAAACUUUGUGCUGGAGAUGGCGGUGCACGAUGCUGAGGCAUACCACUAUGCGUCAGAGGACCUCCUGAAUGACAAGGACUUUGCCGUGGCAGUGGCGAAGAGGAACGGGAAAGCGCUGAAGUUCAUGCUGCCCAUCUUCCGCGCAGAUCCCGAGGUGGUGCGCGCCGCGGUGAGUCGGGACCCACAGGCGGCGCAGUUCGCCCAUGCGUCCAGGCGCGCGGAGCUUGGAAUGAUCCAGGAGUCCAUCUACGGCGAGGUGCAGCUCAAGGAGGAGCUGGAGAAGCAGCUGAAGGCGGCCCAGGAGGAGGCCGCCUCCGUGACCACUGUGGCCAUUCCCAUGGCCGGGGGGCCGCGCCAGCUGCCGGCCCAGGUCAAGGCGCCGACGCAGACCUACAUGAAGCUCACCAAGAUGGUCCACUUCACCGCCUCCAGCACCAUGUCGGCCAACAUGGGCCAGGCCAACUACGUGGCCUCCAACGGCUACCUCGACAAGAUACCCCAGUUCGAGCGCCCGGAGCUGGACACAGUGGCGCUGAUGUGGGGCGCGGUGGGCGGCAUCGGCAUGCGUUGGAAGGCCUUCGCCUCCGAGGACUUCCUGAACGACGUGCCGGACGCGCUGCUCACCAUCGCGGAGUGCGGCAAGGUGCUCUGUGUCGCGUGCUGCACCUGGUCCGGGCCGGAGUGGUACUGCGCCCAGAAGUAUGACCAGGAGACGCGGAAGCUGGUCGUGGCGCAGACGGCCGGGAAGAUUCAGUUGGAGGAGCCCAGCUAUUCUGCGGAGGUGGCGGACGCCGAUCGCCAGGCCUUGGAGAACUUGACCGUGGUGGACCGCCGCCCGUUGCCGCAGAACGGGGUUUCCAGCAAGGCGCCGAACGGCACCGCGCCGCUGGGGAAUUGGCCGACUUUGUGUUUGGCCGAGGGUGCCCACGUCCGCCUGGUGAACCUCCGCGCCAAGAACGGCAUGGAGGGCAUCCUGGUGCACCGCUGCGAGGACGGCCGGUGGAAGGUUCGGCUGGAUGAUGGCACCACCGCGCUGCUGCGGCCCAACAACUUCGAGCUACUCGAGAAGCCACUGGCCGGAGCCAACGCCCCCGCCCCGGCGGGGGAGGGCCAUGCCUUUGCAGAGGCGGCGGCAGAGCGGCAGUACAAGAUCGAGGAGAAGCGGGCCAAGCUGAAGGAGAAGAUUGCCGCGAAGCGCCAGGCCAUUUUCUCUGCCGCGGCCUGA